AUGACAUCACGCUUUGAGGCUCGCAAGCAAAAAAUCCUGGAGCAGCUCGAUGCACCAGACGGCGAGUACCGUGACCUCUCACCGAAAGGCUCCAUUGAUACACCGAUCCGCGACCUGAUCAACGAGAUCAAUGGUUUCGACGGCAUUGUUACAACAAGUAGCUGCUCUGGCAGAAUCAGUGUCUUUCUUGAAGGCCGAAGGGCAGACAGCGACCCUCUCAAGCUUGCAGAAGAAGGCGAGGAGUCGCGUGCCGGACCAGGUGGGAAGGGCGGGGGAGGUGCAUGGCUUUUCAUCUCCCACGAUCCUGUGGAGGUGCUGGGCACUGCAGCCUCUUCAGACUUUACAUCGAAGUUUGGCAUGAUAAAUGCCGUGACUGAAACAACACAAAGGCCUGGCGUACAUUGUAGAUUUAUUCAUCUGAAGUUCGAGCCAAUGAUCCUCCAUAUCCUGAGUGCCUCAUUAGAUCACGCACAACGGGUACUCAACGCUGCAAUGGGUGCUGGCUUUCGAGAGAGCGGUGCAGUCAGCCUGGGUUCAUCCAAAACUGGAGAGGCCAACCCAGUGGUGGCUGUUCGAUCCACCGGCUACUCAUUCGACUCUAUCAUCGGUUAUCAAGAUGGUGAGGGUCGUAACAUCUCUCUGAUAGACGAGAGUCAUCUGAGAACCCUGGUGUGCAUUGCGAAUGAGCGAUUUAAGAUCAACGUCGAGCGAAUAGCACGCUUCCGUACACAAGUUUUGGAGUCGUACAAGUCUUCACCCACGUCAAUGUCUGGUUCUUCCAAGCCUAUCUGGGAAGAUGCAGACGCCAGGAAGCAACGCAAGAGGGAGGAAGGCCUGGCGCGACAACGAGCAUUACAGGUCGCAAGUUCGGACAAGAGGGCAAUUGCUGAGAAUGACUCACUCACUGUCGGCAACCUUGAAGGAAUGUUUCCGUGA